AUGCCGCAGUGGGCGAGGGUGCUUCUUCUGGGUCUCCUCGUCGGCCUGACGAGGUCCAAGAUGGCCGGCUUGGAGAAAUUGGAGUCCUACGCCAGGUUCUUCCACGUUGGCGACUUUUUCGGCAACGUCUCCACCGGGAACGAGCUCUGGCAGGGCCUGAUGAGGGACUGCUCGAAGAAGACGACCUUCUCCUGCAUCCAGAAGAACGCGUAUUCCUAUCUUGACGACACCUUCUCCGAGCGCGACAACAUCACCGUCUUCGAUGGCCUCGUCCUGACCAGGAACAACCUGGAUUAUGCGUCCUGUGGGAAGAAGAAGGACGUCAAGGACUCGGAGAACGUGGACGAGAACCUCGUGGAGUAUGCUACCGAGGAUGGUCGGGAGAAAAAGUCGAGGAACCUUGAAAAGGAUCCCGAAGAGUCCGGAUGGGACCCCGAAGAACCGGCGACUCCUCUCGAAGAGAUCACCACGGCUCUUCGAGAGAAAACCGUGAAAUUUCUGGCGACUCGAGAUUACGAACUUCAGCUUCCAGAGUUCUUCUUCGAGGGCGCUACUGUUAAGGUCAGCCCUAGAGAGGUCGACGAAAACGGAGCCCUCCUCAGGGUCGAUUUUGGACAGCGGGGCAUGGAGAGGCAGGGAAGGAUUCUGUUCAAGAAAAUAAGGAAGUUCAUCCAGAAUAAGUUGCUGAUGAGCUUCCUGUCCCUGCUGCUAGUCAUCAAGCUGAUCAAGCUCAAGUUCAUGUUCGUCAUUCCGUUCCUCUUCGGGAUCGGCACCGCGAAGAAGCUCUUCCUGAAGCUCCUGCUCUUCUUGGUGCCGGCUUUCGCCCACGUCUUCAAACUCUGCUCCAGUUACCACAGCUCGCAAGGCGCCAAACUCCAUCACCACCACCACCAGAUCGCUCAUCAUCAUCACCACGUGCCGGUUCCGGUCCCGGUUCCAGCAUACUACGAUCAUCACCACCACCAUAAGGAAGAGGAGUUCGAAGGAUACGACUACGCCCAUCCUCACAUCCAGUACCGCAAAGACAUGGAGGAGCUGAAGGAAUGGGGUAUCGAGCCUUACGAGGACCCCCCGGAAGAGCCGGAUCGUCGACCGGCGCCAUAUCCCGCGACUCCACCAGGAGUUUCAGGAGUUUCCUAUCCGGGACCUUAUGGUCUGCCCCAGUACGCAGUCCACGCGAGACCAGUGGUCUCGGUGUACCCAGAGAAGUCUUCUUCGGGUCCUCCUUUGGGACCCCACACCCAGAACGUGUACCCAGGCUACGCGGAGAACGGUCCCCUGAGUCGCAGGACCUCAGGUCCACACCCCACGGCUCCGUUAGCCAUGGAUUUACCAUUGAAAAGCACCCUGAAGAGUCCCUACGCGGCUUCGCCGCAGCUCCAGAGGCCCAUGGCCGCCCAGGUUCCCCAACCUGCUGCCAUCUUGAAGAAGACCUUCGAUGACGACUUCUACGGGCCCAUCAUGGCCAGGCUCGAAGAGAUCUUCACCCAGCUGAGGUUCGUCGACGAGUCCUGCAGGGAACGGCUGGUCUGCAGCAUGUACAAGAACCCUGCGCUCUACUCGCCGCACAGCAAUCUCGUCUCCAACGAGUUGUCCAGGGAUCCGCAAGAAUUGAAGCGUGGCGUGGCCGGGAGCGCGUCCAGUCACCGGUUUCAUCGGUACCUAGGUGCAGCACGAUUGGGUCAAGAUGGCGGCGACUGUCUGCGAUCGUAUCCAUGUCACAUUAACACAGAGUGA